AUGCACCGUGCUCUCGCCAUCCCCGAUGUCGUUUUCGCGAUAUGUGGCGCCCUUGUCAAAAACAACGGUGUGGUAGAAGAUGAAGGCCCAUUCUUUGUCGACAAAAAGACGCUGGCCGCCUGUGCUAGGACGUGCCGCGCGUUCCACCUCCCAGCCGUUACGAUGCUAUGGAAGCACCCUUUUCUCACUAUCGAGACUUUACUUCUGCACUGCACUCCGGAAAACCUUUGGGAGAAGUAUGAGGACGUAGAGGAUCAAGUGGUCAAAGUCAAUAACCUGGUUCUCAGACGCCCUGUUUACAAGGCGGAUCUAGAGCGUUUUCUGUUCUAUGCACCUUUUGUCAACAAGCUAACGUUCGGGGCCGCUGCCGACCUCAUGUACUGGUUGUCGCUGAACUAUCCAGGGGGGAAGGGAUCGAAACUUUCGGACGAUGGAUAUUCUGCUCUUCUGGCCGUCCUCGACCCCUCGGCCUUCGUCAAUCUUCGCCACGUGGUCUGGAACACUUCAGUGGCGAGGCUUCAUCACCUACAAUCCUUCCUGUCCCCGUCGAUCGUAUCACUCGAGCUGAAGCUCCACCAGGCGCCCAUGUCGUCUCUGACACUACUGUCGAAUCUGCCAGUCCGAUGUCCGAACGUACACACAUUCGACAUCACCUGCACAGACAGGCAGGCGGAAGCCGGCAUCAAGACUGCAACUGCUCACCUUAUCCAAUCUUGGAAUCUGCGCUGCCUCGAUUGCGACACCUUGGACCUCACGUCUCUGACCAAACUCGCACACCUACCAUUGUUGACCCGCUUGGCCAUCAAGCUUACGAGUCGACCGCCGCGACGUUCGGCGCUACCUGACCUGCCCGCCAAUUGCUUCGGCUCGCUUCAGUGCCUCGAGUUGCGCAAGGUGCAUAUAGGUCUAUGCAUAGAGCUUCUGCAAAAUGCCAGGUUCGCCGCAUUGAUCGACCUCGAUCUGGGCGUCUUCACGACCAUCCCUGCCAACUGGUCAGACCUCUUCCGUGCCAUCCGCCACGCGCAUGCGCGACCAGAAACCUUGCAAUGUCUCCAGGUCACCGAAGAUGAAUCGAGUGGUCAUGGAAAUCCGCCGAUGACAGCUCCCGUCAUCGACGGCGACCUUCUGCAUCUGCUUGAAUUCCAUGGCCUCAAAGUGAUGGUCAUCCAAGCUAAAGGCGGCGUCAACGUCGAGCCCGCGACGACGGAACGCAUUGCAAAAGCGUUUCCCCGCCUUCAGCGGCUGGGCCUCUCUGCAUGGGCGCGUCCUCGGUGGGAGAGGCGUCUCACGCUGCAAGCACUGGAGUCGUUUGCCAUCCACUGCCCGAAAUUGGACGAGAUCGAGAUCGAGCUGGAUGCGAGGAGUGUCUCUUUCGAGAUACGGUCGCCCGGCGCGUCGGCGACGUUAUCGUCGGUGCCCUCUGGUCUCUCCGUCCUCAGCGUGCAGUGGUCGCCUAUCUCGAGCUCGCGCGCUGCCGCAGCGUACCUGUCUACCUUCUUUCCGAAACUCAAUUGUGUUGACUCGUCGGACGAGUUGCUCAACAGGCGGUGGGCUCGUGUGGGCAGAUCGAUCCCGGUGUUCGCGAGGGUCCGUGCGCACGAGCGGAUGCUGGCUGGCAAUCCCUCAGCUGCAGCAAGGGCAGGUCUGGCUCUUGAUUUUAGCGACUUAGAUCUGGCAUCGGGGUCGGAGGAAGAGGAGGAGGAAUGA